CGUAUAUAAAAUGGAAACAAAUGCGACCAGCUUCUUCUGUCUGUUAUUAUUGAUAAUAAGCGCAACAGUUACGGCCUUUCUCGAUAUCGAUGAACUCAGGAAUAUAAAAUAUGGCAUAGAUAUACUCAACAAACCAGUUCUUUUAUCUACUCAGGGUAUUGAUAAACAACUAAGUGAAACAAUAGAUGUGACAUCAAAGCAUGGCCAAAUAUAUCGCUGCAUCAUUCCAAGUCAGAUGGAGGCAGAAAAACAGAAAGAAGAAGAAGAGAAGAUAGCUAUGGAGGCUGGAGUUCCAGAGUUACUGAAACCAAUGGAGUCUGGUCCAUGCCUCUUCAAGACCAGAGAUUGGUGGAGUUAUGAGUUCUGCUAUGGAAAACAUGUGCGCCAAUUUCAUAUGGAAGAUGGUAGAAUAGUUGGAAAUGUUAUCAUGUUGGGGUACUACGAAUCUGAGUUUGAUUGGAAAAAUGAAACGAAUAUGGAAAUAAAAUCCAGGAACAAGAACCGAUUGAAUCGCUACCACAGCCAGCAGUAUAUUAAUGGCUCCAAAUGUGACCUUACAGGAAAAGCAAGGAGAACAGAAGUCAGGUUUCUGUGUGAAGAAGGAACGGGUGACUACAUAGCCAGACUGGACGAACCGGAGACGUGUACGUACGUGAUGACCAUACACACCACCAAGAUCUGUCACCACCCCUACCUGAAGCUCCCCUCCCAGCAGAAACCCGUCUCCAUCACCUGUAACCCCGCCGUCACUGACCAGGUCUACCAGGACUAUCUUAAGGAACAAGAAGAAGAAAAAAUACGAAGAGAAAGCUUGGCAGAAGAACAAAGAAUCGAAAAAGAAUUAAGAGAUGCAGAGGCUUUGUUUAACUCUGAUGAAAAAGUUUUGGACACAAAAGCCAGCAGGGAAAUCCCAAAGCCAGAUUCCAUUACAAAAACCAAGAAUGGAAGGACAUUUGAAUUUAAGGAUGUUUCAGAUUUGGAUCCAGAUAUGUCAAACAUAGAAAAACUGAUUUCAGAAGGCCUGAAGGAUGAUAUGGUUAAACUCUCAGAUCAGUUUGGAGCAGGACAAGAUGCAGACAUGAAAAUGAAAGUAAAAGUUGUAAAAAAUAUGGAUGACUUGGAGAACAUAUUGAAAGAGGCUCAAUCAGAGGUAGAAAACUUAAUGAAGAAGAGGAAGAAGGCCAGUGAGGAGGAAGAAGAUUUAGUGAAGGAAGAAGAUUUAGUGAAGGAAGAAGAUGAAUCUUCAUUAGAUGGUGAUGAACAAAAAGACACUACAUUAAAAUAUGAAAAGAAAUCUUUCACUGAAAAAAUUCAGGACACAGUGAGUGAUUUGGACAAGGAACUUGAUGGUGUGGACAAAAAAGUUCUUCAGUCUUUCAAAGAAAUCAAAGAAGAUGAGAUCAAAAGUGUUAGAGAGGAAUUCACCAAAAAUAGGAACAAUUUAGCAGCCAUCAAAGAAUCACUUCGAAAAACAAUGGAGAAUGAGUUUGAUGAUAUUAUUGAAGAGGCAGAGGAGGAGACUGGGAUUAGGCUUGAGGACAGGGGCGGGGCACAGCGGGAGCUGAGUCAGACCCUCAACAAGCUGGUGGAUCGACUGGACAAGACAGAGAAAGACAUUCAGAAUGUUGAUAAAGAGCUGGAGAAAUUAUCAAAGCAAAAUGAUAAGUUGCAAGAGACAUUAGACAAGGAAUUGGAGGAAAAAGCAACAGGUCCAUCUAAAUUAGAUAAAACCUUGUCUAGCAAUGAACCAACAAAAUCAUCAGGUUCCUCCUCAUCAGCAUCAUCUUCUCCUGUGUCAUCAUCAUCUUCAUCGACAGCAACAUCAAAGGAUCGAAUCAAAAUAAGGGUUACAAAACUGAACAAAGGAGAGUAUCAGAAAAAUGCACUGAAGAGUACCCCAGAGACUCAAAAACUUGAGGAAGAUGUCCAAGAUCAGCUACAAAAGGCAGGAUUAGAUCUUGGAAGUGGGAAGAUCCAGGUGAAGAUUAUUACUGCUGGGUAUGUGGAUGAUAAGGAUGAUGUUCAUCUUCUGUCAGCGGAGGAUUCCAGUGCAUUCAAAAACAUGAUAGUUUCUAUUUUGGGAGGGGACCAUGAAGCAGCACAGGAGGAAGCUAGGUAUACAGAAAUGGAGUCCAAUUACAACAAGGUCUGGGGCAAAGACAAAAAGAAACCAUCAGGGGUCCUUCCAUAGGGUAGUCCCCCCCCCCCACACCCUUACACUCGGUGUCUUUCAACAUUAUUUUAUAUGGUGAUUAUUGGUGUUGUGUUUUAUGUAUAAAUGUGAAGUUUAUUAGGUUUCAACUUUUUUUUUUACUUCUGUGGUUUCAACAAUACUUUAGGACAUCAAAUUUUGUUGAUUUAAUGAAAUUCAUAUUUUCAAGGAAAUGUAAAUUCAUGGACUAUGACUCUGUCAGUAGACUUUCUUAUGAUAUAGGUGUGCAGUCAAAUUUUUGCCUUGUUUUGCUUGUCUUUCCCUUUGACCCCAUUGACAGUAGUUGAAUUUCAAAAUUGGGCUAAUUGAAAACUGCAACAUACUUCAUUUCAAUGACAACCAUGUGAAAGUAAAUUAUUACAGGUAAAAAAAAUUUAUUUACAACUGUGAGGGGGAUAUAACCUUGCAAAGAGUAUCUUUUUUCUAUGAACAUUGGUGUUCAAGAAAUAUUGAUGAAACCACAGUAUAAUUAUAAUCAAACAUGGUGUUUGAGCAAGUUUUGGUGCUUUCUUACAAGUAAUAUUUCAUCAUUUCUGUGUUUAGAAUAAAUAGCAUAUGAAAGUGAAAUGAAUGAGUGCAAUUUUCUUUUACAAUGCAUUUGUAUCUUUUUUGUUUAAAAUGUGCAUUUUUCAUUGGUGUGGAUACUCUUUUGAUACCAUUUAAAAGAAUUACUGUGGAAUCAUCAUUGUUCGUAGGGGACCAAUGUUCUUGGCUUACGUGGGAAACCCUUGCCCAUGAAUUAACAUCCCCACAAACCUAUACACAAUCAUUUGUUUAAUAUUUAUUGAAAUUAUCCUGAUUACACUAUCAACAUUAACCCCCCCCCCCCCCCACAAAUAAGAAUUAUUCCACAGUAGUAGUGCAAUAAAAUCUUGUAGUUUAAAAGCUACAGGUCAAAAUACAGGUACUUUGUACAUGGUUCUUGCAUAUUUUUUGUUUUAUGUUCUGUGAUAACAUCUGAAUGUAAAUGCAUACAGUCAAGAUAAUCACAGUAAAGGUGGAAACUAUAAAUAAAUGUUCAUAGGUAGAAUAUGUUUUUAAGUAUUUUUAAGGAUUGUUUAAGUUUUUGUUUUGUGCAUGGCUAUUUAUACAUAUUUAACACAUUUAUCUUUAAGUUUAGUAUAAAUAAUUUAGAUGAAAUGAAAUGAUUUUUUUUUUUUGUUUAUGAUAAUUUUUUUAGUAAAUAUUCAAUGCAGGAUUGGAGAGGUUUGAUUUAAAAUGAUCUUUUUUUUUAUAUAAAUUUGUCUUAUUAUUUACAACCUUUAAGUACAUUCUGCCAGUAAGAAAUAUUUGUAAAUUUUGUUUUUGCUGUUAUUCUAAUAUGUUUACUACAACAAUCUAUGAAUUGUCUGAAUUUGUCAGGAUUAUAACAUUCCCAGUUGUGCUUAUUGUUUGCUUUACCAGUAAUUCUCUAUAUUUAGAUUUUGUAUUAAAAGCCCACCAUCAAUGCAAUGACAGCUGAUUCACUGACUGCAGCAUCUUGAAAUUAUGUAUGUGUGAUUUGAAUUUCAUAGAACUAGUCAGUUAAUACAUACAGUGCAAUCUUGACACUAAAUUUCAUUUGUACUGUAAUGAAGAAACAUAUGUACAACAGUUAUACGUGUAGAUAGACAUUUGUGUGCCUUCAGUCGCUUAGUUUUUAUGAACUUGUCAAUCAAUUGACACAUACAUGUAUUUAUUGUUUUUCCUUGUCUCAUCUAUACUACUAUAUUAAAAUAAUAGACUCGAAUUUUUGGCUUUUAAUACUCGUCUGAUAAAUCGGAAGGGUACUGUCUUUUGUUUUAUAUAUUUAAAACAUCAUCUGUACUUUAAGAUUAC